GGUAUCUUAAACUUCAAAGUUCAUUAUUACAGAACAUUAACUUGAACAUUAAACUCAUCCAAUUUUCAAGCUUAUUUCAUAGUACAACUUAACUCCGAGUAGUCUCAACCUCAGAAACUAGUGCAUUCAUUCAUUCGUUCAUUCGUUUAUUUACAUCAACUCAUUGCGACCUCCACGCCAGUCUUCGAGUGACAUUGCAAAGAAAAAUAUAAAAAUAAAACAGAAGAAUUAACUAUCGCCGAUCCGGACAAAAUCUCAAGUCUCACGUAGCAUCGAUCGGCACGUCAUCUUCUACAAACAAACGCAGAUACAGCAAAGAUUGGCCCAAGUGAAAUUGACAAAACGGCUAGAGCUAUUCAAUCAUACCUGGAUACCUGCCUGUCUAAUAUACCUCAUCACUGCUAGGUUAGGUAUCUAUCUACCUAGGUAAAUAAUAUCGGUUAUCGCUCACUCACUCACACACUCUCUCACCCCGACAUUUUGAUAUACAUAUUACGUCUGGAUCCCCUCCUGGUACGAUCCGAAGGUCGGAAUAUGUCUAUUUCUAAUGUUGGUUCUAUUGUACUGCAUCUUGUUGUAUUCCUAACAACCCUCGUCAACUUCCAUUCCGCCCUAUCUCACGCGGAGCCUGUCUUACUCAUCAGCAUUUAUAUAAUCUCCAAGCUCGUCACCCGCAGUCCUGACGAUUUUUGCAUGUCAAAAUGCCCAGAGCUGUGAGCACCCAACUUGACAUCGAAGUCGCUCGUAAUGGCUACGUGACCCCUAGUGAGGAUUACUUCAACCGCGGUGGUUCGCCAACCAUUUCACACCGUGAGCAACAAUGGGAAAAAAGACGUCCGCCCCCUAUUCCUCUUUCUGGUCAACCUAAUGCCGAGAGUCUGGCCAGAAUGAUCUCCAACGCACGGAAAUCUAAAAUGGGAGGGAAAAUCGGGAUUCGUGAUCGGAUAUGCUGCCAUCAAUGGACCUGGUUCACGAUG